AUGUCUAAAGUUGAAAUUUAUCGAGGUGUUUCACUGUUAGACACAAGUUAUAAGAUACUAUCCCUCUCAGUGAUAAAACGACUAGAAAUAUUCGCUAAAGACAUAAUUGGAGAAUACCAGUGUGGAUUUAUAAAAGGGAAGUCAACAACAGACCCGAUCUUUACUAUCCGGAAAAUAAUGGAGAAUAAUUAUGAACAUGAUAAGGACCUGUUCAUGUUGUUUAUAGACUUCAGACAAGCCUAUAAUAGUAUCAACAGACAACAACAAUGGACAGCGCUGAGGAAUUUUGAAAUCCCAGUAUCGCUAGUCAGAUUGAUAGAAAUAUGCAAUUCAAACACAUACCUUAAAUUACGGUACUAA